UGUCAAACUUUGGGCAACAAAAAAUAACAAAUCACCAAAACAAACCCUCUGCUUUGCUCGCAUCUACGAAAACGCCUUAAAAAUUGUCUCAAAAUGCAUGGUCGUUUAAAAGUCCGCACGAGCGCUGAAGAGGCGGCUCGGAAGAAGCUGGAACAGCAACAAAAAGUGAAGAUGUUCCGCGCAGCGAUGGGACGUAUUUUGGAGAAGAAAACUGCGCAAGAAUACGAUGCCGAAAUGAUGGAGCUAACGGCAAAACUGUUGAGCAGCAAUCCGGAUAUAGCUACGUUGUGGAACCUGCGUCGCUUGUGCAUACUGGCGAGGCCAGAGGGUUCCGCGGUGUUCGAUAAGGAUCUUGGAUUCACGGAAAUGUGCCUGAUGGUGAAUCCAAAAUCGUACUGUGCCUGGCACCAUCGUUGCUGGAUACUGGAGAAUGCACCAAAGGCGGACUGGCAGAAGGAGGUUGACCUAUGCACCAAGUACCUCAAGCUGGAUGAGCGUAACUUCCACUGCUGGGACUAUCGACGUUAUGUGGUGGAAAAGGCAGGCGUGACUCCGGAGAAAGAGUUCGCCUUCUGUACGGAGAAGAUUGAGAAAAAUUUCUCCAACUACUCGUCGUGGCAUUACCGCAGCAAGCUGCUACCGCUGCUCUUCCCGAACGUGGAAGAUCCAUCGCGUCCAAUCAGCGAAGAAAAACUGAAAGAAGAGCUGGAACUCGUGCUUACGGCGGCAUUUACUGAUCCGAACGAUAGCAGCGCGUGGUUUUACCAGCGCUGGCUGCUAGGCUAUGCACAGCCAGAGCUCGAUCUGGCCGCUUGCCGUAUCGAUGCCAAGCAAAACCUGGCCGUACUGUCCUUCAGUAAACCGGUCAAUCUGGCAACGAGUGGAUACAAGCUUACAGUUUCUUGCUGUGAUAAUUGCAACGAAGCAAGCAAAUGGAUGCCAGCUACCGACGGGAACACGUUUGAUACGACAUGGACGCUUAGAAGUGCGUUUGGCAUUAAGCAAGAUAGCAACCCAGGAAUGGUUUCAAUCGUCACGCCUGAUACAAAAGAGCUCACCCUUCAGCUGCAAACCAUACAGGCGGAGGGUGCGGUCGGUGUAAAGAAACCAAAGUUCGGAUACGAAUUCGGGUCGGCCAUUGUGGAUGUGCUGAAGGCCCAACUUGCCUCCUGCUUCGAGCUGCUAGAGUACGAACCGGACAGCAAGUGGACGCUGCUUACCGCAGCCCUGCUAAUGAAAGCCAUCGACCGUCGUGGCUAUCACGAAACAAUACGCCAACAUCUGACGAAGCUGGAAACGGUCGACGCGCUUCGGAAAGGAUAUUAUCUUGAUCUUGCCAGCAAAUGGGCGAUCGAAAAUCGGCUAGAACAGUGGAUCGAAGCUGGUAAAUUGAGUGAGGGAAUCGAUCUUUCCGGACUUCAAUUGAGCGUUGUACACUACACUCCUUACCUCGCCACUGCAAAUGCUAUUAAUCUGAGUGGAAAUCGGCUCGUAAAUCGAAAUUUGGGAGUGUUGCGUGAUUUGGUGUUUUGCCGACGGCUUAACUUGACGAACAAUGCGGAGGAGCUGGAUACGACGGUGCUGAAAUUACCGUUGGUGGAAGAAAUAAUCCACAAUGGUAACGAGCAACAGCAAUUGGCAAAAGAGCUGCCUACCAAAGUUGAGAGCUUAGUGCUUUAAGUACAUUCCUUUUUGUUUAAAAAACCAAACAUGGCUUAUGUAAUGGGAGAAAUGAGCACAAAUAAAUAUUUCUACAACUCACACGAAAAAUAAACAGAA